GUGAUCCAGAACUGAGUCUUUCAUCACCAUAUCCCGCGACAGACAUGGCCAGAGAAGGACCCAGGGUGUCUAAGAGACGUUCUGGAUCUGUUCCUAUCGAAAGACGCCCCGGAAGAUACCCCUUUCUGAACCACCCAGAUCGCGCGUUAUGCCGCGCGCUCUCGCGGAAGAAUGUCCCGUCCAAAACGCUCCAAGCAUACUUCCUGUGCGACAUUGGAACGGUGUACCGCACUCUACGGAAUGGUUACAAAGACAAAGACAACCUCGAAGAUGACGAUGACUGUCUGGAGCGUAACCGAGUUGACGUGGAUGAGAUUGCCAAUAAGCUGGGUAUGAGCGAUGAACCUGAAGAUCGGGAAGCUAGGAUUGGCGACGAAGACAUUGACUAUGACGGCGAUGAAGCCUCCCGGGAGAACGCGCGUGAAACACUACCAUCCGCCCGCGUUACUCGAAAACCUCGCUCCAGGAGGGCUCAGCCGGCACCCUAUCAACCCACAUACAGACCUACACCGGAAACACGAGCCGAGAUCAGCCAUUUCAUUUCCCCUCUACCCAUCGACACAACAGAAUGGCUCGAAGCGCUUCUUUUGGCUGGUUUCACCCGGGACAAGCUAUCGUUCAUGUCCCAGUUGUCCGAGCCAGACGUCUUUCGGAUGAUGGAUGAGCUCUUCCCGGAGGCGGCUUCAUUAGACCGAGCGCUGAUCACACUGGCGAUACGUGCGCCUUUGAUAUCGGUACAUGCGUCAGAGCCAUCAUGAGGGUUGUUCUAGACGGGUCAUAGCGCAUUACAUGACCUUUCUUCUCUAACUGAUACUCUCUUAGCUUGGUACAAAGAAAAUGCAACGAUUUUGUCACUGA